CCAGAAGCAGGACCUCGUGACGGGGUAGUGGGCGUGGCUUCGGUUUGCGGGGCGGGGCUAUCUCGGGCAGGCGGAUAAUCAGAUGUAUGAGCGCGGCGCGUGAGAAAGCGGAGUCCUAACGGGGAUUAUUUUUUUUUUUUAACUUUUUUUUUUUUUUUUUUAAACAUUUUCCGGGAUUUGAAACCAAACAUGGCAGACGUGGUGGAGGGUGAGGACGUGCGCUCGGCGGCGCCCUCAGCGCAGCGCUCGUCGCGCCAUGGCUCCGGCGGGAGCGCCGCCGCGGGCCCGCGGCUCGUCCGCAUCGUCAAGUCGGACUCGGGCUACGGCUUCAACGUGCGCGGGCAAGUGAGCGAAGGCGGCCAGCUAAGGAGCAUCAACGGCGAGCUGUAGCCGCUCCAGCACGUCAGCGCCGUGUUGCCCGGUGGGGCAGCCGACAGAGCCGGCAUCUCCAAGGGCGACCGCAUCCUCGAAGUGAAUGGUGUGAACGUGGAAGGAGCCACGCACAAACAGGUGGUGGAUCUCAUCCGCGCUGGAGAAAGGGAGCUUGUUCUCGCGGUCCUCUCCGUCCCACAGCCAGAGACGGACAGCUUGGACCCGGGAGACGAUAGCUCAUCCCAGUCUUGCUACGACUACAGCGAUAAGCAGGCCGUCCCGAUCUCUGUGCCCACCUAUAAACACGUGGAGCAGAGUGGCGAGAAGUUUGUGGUGUAUAACGUGUACAUGGCUGGCAGGCAGCUGUGCUCCAAGCGUUACAGGGAAUUUGCCAUUCUGCAUCAAAACCUUAAGAGGGAGUUUGCCACUUUUACCUUCCCCAAACUUCCUGGGAAAUGGCCCUUCUCCUUGUCCGAGCAGCAGCUGGACGCCCGAAGGAGGGGAUUGGAGGAAUACCUAGAAAGAGUGUGUUCUGUGCGAGUCAUCGGGGAGAGCGAUAUAAUGCAGGAAUUCUUGUCUGAAUCAGACGAGAACUAUAAUGGUGUCUCUGAUGUGGAGCUGAGGAUAGCCAUGCCAGACAAAACCACAGUAACCGUCCGAGUUCGAAAGAACAGCACUACAGACCAGGUGUACCAGGCUGUGGUGAUGAAGGUCGGGAUGGACAGUAUUGCAGCCAGUUAUUUUGCUCUCUUUGAAGUCAUUAACCACUCAUUCGUGCGGAAACUGGCUCCGAACGAGUUCCCUCACAAGCUCUACGUGCAGAACUACACGUCAGCCGUCCCCGGUACCUGCCUCACCCUGCGCAAGUGGCUCUUCACCACCGAGGAGGAGAUCUUGCUGAACGACAACGAGCUCGCCAUCAACUACUGCUUUCACCAGGCACUGGAUGAUGUAAAGAGGGGGUUCAUUAAAGCAGAGGAGAAAUCAUACCAGCUCCAGAAACUGGCUGAACAGAGGAAGGUUUCCAUGUACCUGAGUAUGGUGAGGUCGUGUGAAGGCUACAACGAGAUCAUCUUUCCUCACUGCGCUUGUGACUCACGCCGCAAGGGCCACGUCAUAACAGCCAUAAGCAUCCGGCACUUCAAGCUGCACGCCUGCACCGAAGAGGGCACUCUAGAGAAUCAGGUGAUCGCGUUCGAGUGGGCCGAGAUGCAGCGGUGGGACACAGACGAGGAAGGAAUGGCAUUCUGCUUUGAGUACGCACGAGGCGAAAAGAAGCCGCGCUGGGUCAAAAUCUUCACUCCAUACUUUAACUACAUGCACGAGUGCUUCGAGCGGGUCUUCUGUGAGCUCAAAUGGCGAAAAGAGGUUGAAGAGGAAGCAACGGAUAAAGACAAUAAGAAUUGUAGUAAAGAUGAAUAUCUUCCUGCUGUUGAGGCACAGAAGGGAUGGAGGCACCUGAGACAGGAGAUCGUCACCCCCUGAAUAUAAAACCACACACACACACAGACACACACACACACACACACACACACACAGAGGAAAACAGCCAAUGCAGUCUGUCCACUAAUACACACUUACACACACAAACACUCGAUGGACAACCAGAACUAAAAAAUCCCAUCUUCAGACUCAUAGUAGUAAAUAAGCAGACUAAAAAUUUUAAAUCAAUACUUUUUCCCCCCUCACACUUCAUCCAUCCAUCCAUCCAUCAAAUCCAUCAUAUCAUCAUUGAGACUCUGGUUAUUUCAGCCGUUCUGUUGAAGGACGUUUCUGAGGUGACUGCUUGUAAAAAAAAAAAAAACUGGCCAGGCUCAUUUCGUUUAACACUUCAGGCAACUGGCUUUCUUCUUUGUAAGGACACUACCCACAGGUCGUCCUGUGAAAUAGACACUCCCGGCUCUUAGCACUGUGAUCGCUCCCCGGCGACUUUGCACGCUGAGCAGAGCCGUUCGGCCGGCAUCUCGUGAAGGUUUUAAAGCCCCGGCCACAGAGCCAGAAGGCGAAGGAGCGAGCAAAGAGGUGGAGCGCACGUGCAGCCAGGAAGCCUCGGCGGUAAAACCUCAUCCCGACACUAACACACAGAGAUGCACGCAUUCUGUGACGUGAAGCGUGCCGAUCUUUCAGAAUGGCUCGGCAGGGAGGGACUGAGGAGGCAGGGGGAAAACCACAGUGACAUUACUCAUGUGUGUAAAUAUCUUUAAACUUGUACCAUCCACUUGGACAAGCAGAGCAGAUCAGCAAGAAGUUUGAACAGAAAUUCAUUCACGAAAAAAAAAAAAAAAAAGCAAAUGUUUUUUUUUGUUUUUGUUUUUGUUUUUUUAUGUUUCUAAAUUACCCAUAUAUAAGUAAUAUAUAUGACUGGAUGGGGGAAAUAUAGAGGCGAAAAAUAUAUAUACAAAUACUAGAUGGACAACAGUAUUGGCAAACCUGAAUAUUCUACAUACAAGGAAUGUAAUGGCAUUGCAUUCUAAAUAGACAUAAUAUAGAGUUGGUCCCACUCCAAGCUACCAAAGCCUUUACUCGUCUGGGAAGGAUUUAUACAAUGUUUUGGAGUGUUUCUUUAGGAAUUUUUGCUCUUCAUUCAGUAGACCGUUUGUGCAGUCAGGCAUUAAUGUUGGACAAGAAGGGCCUGGCUUGUAAUCUUCCGCACUAAAGUCCUCCAACCAUGUCCUUUUGGAUCUUGCGUUGUGAUCUGGGGCGUACUGUAGUCAUGCUGGACUAGAAAAGAGCCUGUCUUGGUAUGCUGAAGCAUUGAAAUUUCCCUGUACUGGAAGUAAGGGGCCUAGCCCAAUCCCUGAAAGACAGCCUCAUACCAUUUUUCCACCUCCACCAACGUUACAAAGGUUACAGUGCAUCAAAACAAGUAAAAUUGAUUCGGCAUCCGCUAAACCCUGACUGUCAACAGACAAUUCCGCAAAACGUUUCCACAAAUCCAAUUGGUAAUAUAAGGCUUGUAUGCAGCUGCUUAUCCAUGCAUUCCCAUUCCAUUAAGAUCCUGCUGCACUGGUUUAGUGCCAAUAUUGAUGCCAGUGGAAAUUUGGAACUCAUCAGCUACAUAACCAGCACAGCGCUGGUGAUUUUAUAUGGUCUUUUACUGUCGUUACUAAACGCACCCACCAUCCAAUUACACCAGUUACAGUUAACGGCGGAUUAUUGGCUUAUCACAAAGUUGGCAUUCGAUCAGUAUCCAUUUUUCUUCUACAAGCGUGUGUAGGUGCAAGAAACUUGAGGCAUUGGGUCUAAUCAAAGCACUUGGUUUCACUUCAUUAAGAGGGGGCCCCAAUACGUUUAUGUAUAUAGUGUAUGUUUAAAUAUAUUAGUUUUCUUUCUAUUUUUUUUCUAUAUAUUUCCUUCAUCCAGUUCAAACACAUAAUGCAAACAAGUGUUCCUUUGUUUUUUUUUUGUUGUUUUUUUAAGGUAACCUUUACUGUGCACUUAAGAGUUAACAGUAUUACAAACAGGGAAUCAGAGAUCUGACUUUUCAGCUGGGGGUUUUUUUUUGUUUGUUUUUUUAUGCUAUUAGGUCUGCAAGAUGGAGUCAUAAAACAGGGUUCUUUUUUAAAUAGUAAUUAAUAAUAAUUAAACCCGAUCUUGUCCUUUUGGAAUGCGGUGGCUGAAAGACCACAAUGGCCACCAGGAAGACGUGGUCACUGGUAACAUUGAUUGCUUUUACAGUUCUUAGAAUGUUUUAAGAGUAAGCGUUUAGGCAUGUUUCAGUUUUCUUUUACCAUCAUCUAAUAACUAUAAUUUAUUAAUCAUCAUGGGGGGAUAACGUUUUGCUGAAGCCGUUUCGUGUGUGGACGAAUUGCACCAUUUGAUCGUGUAUCACAUUUCUAGAUACAUUUCAGUCUGAGGGUAAACACACAGCAGACUGAUUGUAUUCGAGGCGUGCAUUUAAAAGCGCUACAGAUAAUUACUUUGUUCAAAAAGAGUGAAUUGAUGAAUUGAGAGAAAUAAAGUAGGUGUGCGUAUCUUGUAUUAGAUCGAGAGGUUAGUUAUUGCAGGCAGCUCCCAUGAGAACAUUUUGUAAUGAUAGUUGUGCUGUGCAUUACUCGCCUCCCAUACACACACACACACACACACACACACACACACACACAAAUUAAUAUAUAAUAAAUUAAUCAUCGUGUUGGUUAUGGUUAGGAUUUAAGACUUGGCGAAGGAAAUGGCUGACUGUCUACUGGUGUCUUUAGAAACUGUUUAAAUGCUAUAUAAAAAAAUGCAUAUUGCAGCUUUAAUAUUUCAUAGCUAUAUUAUUUUAAGGGUUUUUUUUUUUUGUGUGUGUGUGUUUGUGGCACGUGUGUAAGUAACUUUGAGGUCGACAUUCCAUAGCCUCUACUACUUUAUAUCAGUCGUUGACUUUUUUUUUUUCUUUUCUUUACCCUAAAUCCCAUGAAGUCACAGAUUAUUUGUAUGUUCAGACCAUUCACAUAUUGUGUUUAUUUUGUUUUGUUUAGUUUUUUAAAGAAAAGGUCUGUUAAAUGAGUAUUAUGGUCAGUAAUUAUGUUGCUUUAACUCCUUACUGCCAUCUACUGUUUUUGUUUGACUUUGGGGAUCAGUUCUUGAAGUCAGUCUCCUUUAGCGCAGGCGCAUAAAAGCUAGUUUGCACUUCUAGUAUUAUUCUUGUUGGUGUGCGAUCACGACUGACUUGACAUUUCAGUGCUGCGUGUUUUUUUUAGGGGGGGGUUGUUGUUUUUUUUCCCCUUUGUUUGUUGUGUUGUUUCUUGACCUCUUCCCAGUUCUUUUUGAGGUACUGGUUUACGUGUGUUAACUUGCCGGCUUAUUUUAAUGAAUAACCCAGGGUUUGCUGUAUGUUUAGCCAUGUUUGAUCCUCCAUUAUUCAGGCUUUUGUCUGAGAUCCAGCUUUUAUGUUUUGAAACGAAUGGAGAAAUGAAUAUAAUGAGUGAAUGUGGUGUGCCACUAAAAGCUUCCAGAAUAGUCUUUGAGAAAAAUAUUUUUUAAAUAUGUUCUACGUCACUCUAAAAUCUCCUACAGACGUUGAACUGAGGUGAGAUCUGUCGAGAAAAAGAUACUUAAAAAAAUUUCCAUAAUCCUAGGAGGCACUCUGAUCAAGAUAGAAAAUGGUGCAGAAAAUUAUAUAGAUGAUAUCGAGAAGAUCAAUAUGAAUAUUUAUUUAAUUCCAGGAAGCACUUGGAAGCAACAAAGCAUGCCAGGAAAACAAAUAACUGCCCCCCACAGCAUAACACUAACACUUCAUAUUAUUAAUCCAAGGGGGCUCUUUUAACCUGGGUAGAACUGUAGGAUCAAGUCGAUUAAUGUCUUGAUCCCACACACACACACACACACACACACACACACACACACACACACACACACACACAGCAGUGGCAUGAGCCAUCACCCAUCUGUAAGCUCUUCAUCAAAGAUUGGAUUUGGAUUGCACUGGUAAAUUCAUACUAACAUCUACAAGUAGCAAGAACAUUAACAUUAUAAAAGCCAGUGGAUAUCUGGAACUCUAGUUGAGAACCACUGUUAUAAUCUUUUCUCAUAAGGCAGAAUGCAGACCACUUUAUACACCCGAGUCAUCUGUGACUCCAUGGACUGAUCGUAGUAAUGUGCAUUUGUCUCCAUCUCUUGUUCUAAUUCUUGUUCUUCUCUCAAAACCAUCACACACACAUUUCUUGCAUUUGCUCUGUUUGCUCUGAAUGGAUUAUACACCUCAUUAAUUUAUUGUAAUAAGGUAUCAUACAGUAUUUUCCAUAGCAUACAAUUUUAAUUUUUUUUUUUUAAAUCCAUGGUGCAUAGAUCAUAGUCACAGAGACAUCCGAAAUGACAGAAGAGUAUUGGAAGUCACAUUGAGCCACUUCGGCAAACGAAUAAAAAAAAAAAAAACCUGA